UGUAGUCACUUUUCAUCUUAUCAUGGCCCAAGUAAAUAAAGCCAAACCUAAUAAAAACAAUGAGGUACCUAAGGAUUCAGAAAACUCAGAGGCCCCUGCAGAAGAGGACGCCGAGAAGAAACAACUGGAAGAGUUGCCUCCUUUUGAAGUAGUGGAAGGGAGCCGCAUCCCUGCUUCUUCUUUUAUGUUCCAGUUCAAGAAUGUGGAGUAUAGUUCUGGACGUAAUAAGACUUUAUUAUGCUACACUAUAGAACGAGGAGAAGGCCAGGUGUUUCAUGGGUACCUGGAAGAUGAGCAUGUCUCGGCCCAUGCAGAGGAGGCGUUUUUCUCCAAUGUUCUGCCACAGUUUCUCACUUCUGGCCCUGUCGGUGUCACCUGUUAUGUGUCAUCCAGCCCUUGCGUAAAUUGUGCAGCCUCAAUUGCCCGGUGUCUGCGAAAGAAUAAAACUGUCAAAUUACGUUUAGUAGUUGCUCGGCUUUUCCAGUGGGAAGAAUCUGAAAUCCGUGGUGCAUUACGGGGUAUAAGCACUGCUGGCUGCCAGUUGAGAAUGAUGACGAGUGCUGAUUAUUUGUAUGUAUGGCAAAAUUUUGUAGAGCCAGAUAUUGUUCUGAAUGAAGAAGGUGAAAGUGAGCAAAAAAGUGAACAAGGAGCCUUCAUUCCCUGGGAGGAUUUAGAAGAAAACUCAAGAUAUUAUGAAGAAAAGUUGGCAGAAAUUUUGAGAUAAAUAAACAACCAAUGAUGCCAUCAUAUGGCUAAAGGGUGAAUAUUUGGGAGAGAAGAGCAGUUGAUUCUUUUUUUGAGAGAGAGAUUGUUAUAUGGCCUGCUUCAAACCAUGCAAAGACAUAAUGGCAGAUCAUGAAAAACUGUCCUUUGUCCAUAGCAACCAAUCACAGUUUAGCUUUUACUUCAUUUUCUGCUCUUUAAAGAAAAAAAAACAUUAAAAGCUGAACCAUAGUUGGUUGUUAUGGGUAGCAAAGACAGUUUUUUUCUUUUAGGGUAGGUUACACGUGUCACAUUUUGCUAUGUAUUUUGCUGCAUAUUUGAUGUUGCGUAUUUUCCUACCCAAGUCAAUGGGUAGCAAAAUCGGCUGGAAAAAAUAUGCAGUAAAAUACGGCACCUGUGACCCUACCCUUAGGAGGUUUUUUACUAUCUUCCCCAAUGUUCUUUGACUACAUUUGUAAAGUGCUUGUAUUUACCCAGUGAUUAGAAUGCAUUAAGGUAUAAGUGUAAGACAUACACUUCAUAUUAAGGCCUUGAAUACUGUCAGGUGGUAAAAGAAAAAAGGCGUCUAUGUUUGCAUUUGGCAUUUUAAAACAGUUGAAUCGUCUAUGAUUAAAUCAUCUUUUUUUUUUAAUUAUUAUUAUUCUUUCUAUGUAACCCAUUUCUGUUGACUUUUUAUCUCACUGAUCAUGUUUGCUUUAGGCAAUCUUUAGUUCAUACUCUUCCUGUCCAACCUCCUGUGGCUUUUUUCUUAAUGGCAAACUUAAAUGAAUCCUCUUUUAGGUUUAAAAACAAAACCAAAAAAAAAACACAUUACAUUUCAAUUAAUCUUCCUUUAACCCCUUAAGGACCGGAGGUUUUUCCGUUUUUGCAUUUUCGUUUUUUGCUCCUUGCCUUUAAAAAAUCAUAACUCUUUCAAAUUUACACCUAAAAAUCCAUAUGAUGGCUUAUUUUUUGCGCUACCAAUUCUACUUUGUAAUGACGUCAGUCAUUUUGCCCAAAAAUCUAUGGUGAAGCGGGAAAAAAAAUCAUUGUGCGACAAAAUUGAAAAAAAAACGCUGUUUUGUAACUUUUGGGGGCUUCCGUUUCUACGUAGUACAUUUUUCGGUAAAAAUGACAGCUGAUAUGUAUUCUGUAGGUCCAUACGAUUAAAAUGAUACCCUACUUAUAUAGGUUUGAUUUUGUCGGACUUCUGGAAAAAAUCAUAACUACAUGCAGGAAAAUUAAUACGUUUAAAAUUGUCAUCUUCUGACCCCUAUAACUUUUUUAUUUUUCCGUGUAUGGGGCGGUAUGAGGGCUCAUUUUUUGCGCCGUGAUCUGAAGUUUUUAAGGGUACCAUUUUUGCAUUGAUAGGACUUAUUGAUCACUUUUUAUUCAUUUUUAAAUGAUAUAAAAAGUGACCAAAAAUGCACUAUUUUGGACUUUGGAAUUUUUUUGCGCGCACGCCAUUGACCGAGCGGUUUAACUAAUGAUAUAUUUUUAUAAUUCGGACAUUUCCGCAUGCGGUGAUACCACAUAUGUUUAUUUUAAUUUUUAUUUACACUG